AUGGCAUUAACAGGUUUUACUGCUGUCGGCUUCAUCGGCCUGGGGGCCAUGGGCAAGCACAUGGCCGAGCAUCUGGCCAACAAGUUACCCCAAGAGUCUCAAAUAUACGUUUACGAUGUGGUAAACACAGUUAUGGACGAAUUGGCUGCCAAAUAUCCUGGCAAAAUCACCGCCGGAACAUCGCCCAGAAACGUUGCGGAGAAUACAGUAUGCGCCCACGUCAAGACUGUAUUCCUAGAUGAAACUACUGGUGUUUGCACCGUCGAUCUUCAAGACCGCAUUCUCAUCGACUGCUCCACCAUCGACACUGAAACGAGUCUUUUAGUAAAGCAGCAUAUUUCAGAUCACCAUCCCAGUGCCUCAUAUUACGACGCCCCUGUCAGUGGUGGUACCCUCGGUGCACAAAAAGGCACAAUUGCAUUUUUUCUGGGAUGCAGCUCUACAGAUCCGAACUUGGGUCUUAUAACAGACCUUUUGAGUCUGAUGGGCAAAAAGGUCAUACCCUGCUGCAAACCCUCGUUAGGACUCGCAGCCAAGCUUUGCAACAACUAUCUCUCUGGUCUGAUUGCUAUCGCUAGCUCCGAAUCCCUGAAUACAGGAAUACGAGCUGGCUUAGAUCCACGUGUUCUAUCUCAUGUUAUUGCAGCAGGUACUGCGCAGAAUGCCAUUUGCGACGACUACAAUCCGUGUCCCGGCGUGGUUCCUGAUGCACCAUCUACAAACGGAUAUCAAGGUGGCUUCAAAGUACAGCUCAUGAAGAAGGACUUUUCUCUUGCCAUGCAGCUGGCAGAAAGUGUGGGCUCUAAUUUGGUAUUGGGUCAACCUGGACUGGACACAUACAUCGCCGCUGCCGAUGAUCCCCGAUGUCGCGACCGAGACUCGCGAGUGGUUUUUCGGUUUCUGGGAGGCGAUGAAACGUGGGCAAGCAAAUUCUCGGAUUGA